AUGCGGGCCCCGUCGCGCGCGCCGUGCGCGUCCGCGCGCCCGGAGGCCGGCGUCGUCGACGCCCUCGAUGAUCUCGCCGCCGUCGACGCCCGCGCGUGCGGCAUCGGCAAGCUCACGAUCGCGCACGACGACGACGACGACGACGCGCGAGGUCUCCGCCAUCGCGACCGCGGCGCGUUCGCCCUCGAUUUGCGCGCGUGGUCGUUCACCGCGCGCACGCAGCCGGUCCGCGCGCUCGGGGCGUGCGCGCGAGACGCGUCCGUCGACAUGCGCGUGCCGUUCAGGGACGAAUACGAGCGACACAGGGCGUCGCGACCGGACGAACGCGCGCCGCGAGGGGCGAGUUGGCGCAUCCAUCGAGUGCGAGGAUGGCGCUUCGACCUGCGCGCGCUGUACGAGGAGGUGAAAAGACGCGGUGGCGCGGACGCGAUCGAUGGAAAUCAAGGCUGGCGCGAGGUCGCGGAGGCGAUCGGGGCGCACGGACGCGGAUGCGCGGCGGGACACGCGGCGAGAGCGCUGCACGGGGCGUGGCUGGAGGCGUUCGCGCGCGACGCCAAGCGAAGAGAAGACGCGGUGAAGAGCGCGCAGUUCGACGCGGUGAAGGGAGAGAUCGAACAAGAUGACGCGCUGGCGAUCGAUGCGCUGUGUGGGCUCGAAUUUGGGGCGUCGGGCGCGCCCGAACGGCGAGUCAAGGUGGAAAAUGUGCGUAAUUCGUGCCAUAUCUUCUUCGCGCGGGACCGGGAUGACGGCGAAUCGCACGCGUUCGCGGCGCGUGCGACGCGCGCGCGCGAUGAUGGGCGUCGCGAUGACGUGCGACUGACUUUUACGGCGCGUGUUUUCGCGACGCAGGGCCUCGAUCUCGUCGCCUCGCAGCUCGCGGACGCGCCCGAGGGCGACGCCGACUGCGACGUGUGCGGCGCGAGCGGGAACGAAGACGCGAUGAUCCUGUGCGAUGGGUGCGAUCGAGGGUCACAUAUGUACUGCUUAACGCCGAAGAUGACUGAAGUGCCGAGUGGAGAGUGGUUUUGUGGACGAUGCGAAGAGAUUGACGCGGAGGUGGAGCGAUUGAGCGCGGAUGAAGGGACGCAGUUUACGCUCGGCGAUUUCAACGAGGCGUGCAUAGAAUUUGAUACGGCGUUCUUUGGCGAGGACGCCAAGCGAACUGGGAUCGAUAUGCAGGUGAUUGAGGAGUGUUUCUGGCGAAUGGUUGAAGAUGCGAGCUCGGUGGAUGAUGUUUGCGAGGUCAAAUGCGGCACGGCGAUUGACACGACAAAGUACGGAAGCGGGUUCCCGAGACACGGCGAAGCGCUUCAGGUAAAGAUUGACGGCGUGAGCCCGGAAUCUAUCAAGCGCUGGUCAGAGUCGAAAUGGAAUCUCAACAACGUCGCGCGCGCGAGUGGGGAAAAGUCGUCGCUACUGGGCGCGUUGAAGGAUGACGUGGCGGGCGUGACGACGCCAUUCUUAGAAGUCGGAAGCACGUUUAGUUCCACGACUUGGCGUCGAGAAGAGCAUAACAUGUACAGUAUCACUUACAAUCACUGGGGUGCCGCGAAACUGUGGUACUGCGUGCCGGCGAGUGCAGCGGACAAGUUGGAAGAAUGCUUCCAGAAGGUGAUGCCCGACGUCUACGAGGCGCACGUCAACGAUUUGGGAAGCGUCUUUACGAUGCUCUCGCCGAGCUUCUUGAUGAGCGCGGGAGUGCCCGUGCACACGUUGGAGCAAUUCCCAGGAGAAUACGUGGUGACGUAUCCCGGGGCGUACUACGCGUCGUUCAACUGUGGAUUGAACUGCACGGAGAGCGUCAACUUUGUGCCCGCUGACUGGCUCCCAGAGGGCUCGGCGAGCGUGGAGAGAAACCGAUCGUACGCCAAGCGUUCAUUGUUUAGUCACGACGAGUUGGUUUGCAGAGUAGCAAACAAUCCUAGUUCGAGCAUAGCGCCGCACUUGUGGCCCGAGAUUGCGCGCUUGUACGCUGAAGAGGCAAACGGUCGCGCCGAGCUUUUCGCGUCUGGCGUGACGCGCAGCGCGCAAAUGACGUCAGCAGACGACGACGACGACGACGAUGGCUGCGAAAAGCCUCGUAAAGUACGAUCUAGGUUUGACGAUGCAUCGAACUCUGGAUCCGAUGAGUGCGUUGUUUGUCGACACAUUUUGUACUCGUCUGGCGUCGGGUGCUCGUGCGACGAGACGCGCAAGGCGUGCUUGCGACACGUCAACGACUUGUGCAAAUGUGCGAUGUCGAAGAAGACGAUGUUUUACAGAGAAACAGUGGCUGAUUUAGAAAGUCUGGUGAAGAAGACGGAGAAGGCGCUUUCUCAGAAGGAACUAGCCAGCUUAAAAUCCAAGCACAGCGACUUGGACUCAGUCACAGUGAACAAGAAUCUCGUCAAGAAGGCUCAGGCUUGGGUGAAACGAGUGGGCGAAGAGCUCGUCAAACCACCUUUGCCGCCGCUGGACAAGAUGAGAAAUUUACUCGCUGCGGGUGAAGAGUUUAUUUGGGGUGGUGCUGAUAUGAAGGCGGCUCGAGAAGCGUACACUCGCGUGACGAACGCCGUCGCGUGGCAGACGAGUCUUGUGGCGCUGAAGCAAAGGCUUGGAUCCAGUGCUGGUGCCGAGGCCGCGCACGAUGACGCUGGUGAAGCGCGAUUGAGAUUGAACAGACUAAAAGAGCUCCUUGACAACCCACCGGUACCGAUGCCUAAGGCUGAUACUCAACCUUUCCGCGAUUUGCUCGCGGCGGGCUUGAAAUUGGAGGAACGCAUCAAGGCGGCUCUCGCCGAGGUACCGAAUCCAUCUCCUCGCGCUUGUACGACGCUUCAAACUGAAGCGAAUAAGUUUGGUGUGGAAGUCCCUUCAUAUAAAAAGCUGAAGGACGUCAUCGUUAGAGCAGGCGCGUGGUCCACGAAGGUGCGCGGCGCGCUUCCAGGACGACGACAACUCCCGCCGCGCGAGGAACUAGCGAAUGCUCGAGAGAUCGAGGCGUUAUACGAAGAGGCGCAUGGAUUACCCGUUCAGCAGAGCGAACUCUUGACUUUGCGCAAAUCUUUAGAAGAGUUGAAUUUUUGGCGCGCAAAGUCUGAGUCGCUGUUCGUCGCCAAGGUUGACGUGGAAGAAGCCGAGGCGCUUCUCAAGGAGGGCAUGGCGUUGUCAACAAAACUCGACGAGGUCGACAGACUAGCCGAUCAAAUCAAAGCUGUCAAAGUGUGGGCCGAUCAUGCUCGAGCGAGUGAUUAUCCGGGAGCAAGAGUGACGGAUUUGCACAUGCUUCUCGUCGAGGGUGAAAAGUUUAGCGUGCGAGUGGACGAAGUCGAGUGGUUGCGAAACCGUAUCGUCGUCCGGGAGCUGGCAGAGAAAUUGAAGGACAUGGUUUCAUCGAAGAAAUAUCCGCUCGCCGAAGUCGAAGCGGCCGUGCGGGCGGGUAACGAGUUCCUCGACUCCGAAGAUAAAGAGGUUGCCCCAGAUGAAGAAGCGCUGCUGGCGCAGUGCGAGAGCCACAUCAACGCGGCGAAGAAGUGGAACGAGCGCGCGGCGGUGAUGCUCAAAUCUCUCGAUAGUAAGGACCGACCGUCACUCGAAGACGCCGCGUCGCUCAUCCGCGAAGGAAGCUCGAUUCCAAUCUUUCUGAAUGGAUUCGACGUGCUUUCAGAAGCGGUCAAUGUAGCCAAGUCUUGGUUGGAUCGUGCACAACCUUGUUUGAAGGGAAAGCAGCUCACUCGUCGCGGUGUGUCAAAUCCGAUUCCGCCGCUUUCCGAGGCGCAAGAGCUCAUGAAAGAGUCUUCGAACUUGAAAUUGUUUGUCAAGGAAGUUGAAGCUUUGGAAGAACGCGUCGAAGCCGCAGAAGAGUGGGACGUGGACGCGAAGGACGCCAUCGAGCGCUGGCGAGAAGACGGCGCCGAGGUGACGUUGACCGAGCUUGAACUUUCGCACGAAGACUUUGGAUUAGAAUUACCAGCCAUGGAGACAGUUCGCAUUCGUUUAAAGUCGCUCAAGUGGGAAGAACGCGUCGCUAAGAUCAUUGCACCCAAGGCGAAGCUCGUCGAGGACACCGUUUUGGACGAGCUCAGGGAAGAAAUCGACGUGCUUCAAGACUUGAAAGAGGAUCUUGUCGCUGAAAUCAUGAAACGGUACACGAUUGUGGACGAAUGGCGCAAGAAAGCGGAUCGUUUGCUCGAUCCUCCUCUCCUUGAAGACGGUCGAUUGGCUCCGAGUGCAUCACCGGAGGAAAUAGACGCCCUCAUCGCCGAAGGCAAGGCACUUCCCGCUGACGUCUCGAAGGUAGAAGACCUCGAGGCGUCGUUGGCGGAUCACGCACAGUGGGUCGACACCGUUCGUAAGUGCUUGAACAGUGUCGCUGAAGGUCGAUCUCGCCCUUCGAUUGACGAAUUAUACGAUCUUCUAGCGGAGGUGGAAGAUUUGACCUUCAAGUGCUCAGAGAGACAAGCGCUCACAAAUGCGUGCAACGCCGCCACGGCGUGGACGGAGAGGCUCAACGCGUUGCUCUGGGCAAACGAUCAGGGUGAAGUCAAACAAGAAAAAACGCUUAUCGAAAUGUUGAGCAAUGUUCUUGAUUCCAUCAAAGCUGGUGUGGAAGACAUCACCGGGACUGGCGAACCGCCGGAGACGGAGGAGGGUUAG